AUGUUGACCUCCUUGUCUCGCUUCACGGUUGCUCUUGCUCUUGCAUCCUCUAUCCUUGGUGCUACUAUUCCUGCAGUACCCUCUCGCCGAUCCGGAGAGCUUUGGGCUGGAGCGGAACAUGAAGAGGUAGAUCCAGUAGGUCUAGCAGCCUCUCGCCGAUCUGGGGAACUUUGGGAAGGGGCAGAACACGAAGAGGUAGACCCAGUAGUUCUAACGCCCUCUCGCCGAUCCGGGGAGCUCUGGGAGGGGACAGAGCACGAGGAGGUUUCCGCUUCCACUGAUCUGUAUCCUGUCAUUGUAAUGAGCAAGGAGCUUCGCGUUCUUGUUGCAUAUGCGGGCAUAUACUGCAAGUGGGCGGCUCUGACAGAUGAACCUCUCUUGGCAUUACCGACAACCCUCAUAUAAACCUUUUUCACUUUCAUAGGAGCUGCGAUCACCUAGAGGAUGAAACUAUUUAUCACUGCAGAGGAUUUUGUAUGUUCGAACCCGUAGAUACUUUCAGGCCUCACAUACAAGGAUAGGAUUCUUUACCACGGUAGAACGUUGAAUGCGAUAGUAUGUGCUGAUUUGCUGCGCGAAUCAGAGGAUGGAAACUUAUGAUAUCCUCUGGUCAAUGAUGAAUUCACGUUUGAA